AAUAAACAUCAAGCAUGUCUGCCACCGCCGCUGCCACCGCCGCCGUCGCCGCCACGCCGAAGUGCAACUUUUUCUGGAAACCAAACGACUACUUCGGCGAGCUUAGCCAGUGGUAUAAGGCGCCCUUCGUCUGCGACGAUGACGCCUUCACCACCGUGGACGAGUUCGUGAUGUUCCAGAAGGCUAAAGUCUUCGGAGACGCGGAGAUGGCCACGAAAAUCAUCUUUGGAGCAUACGUCCACUCAUCGACGUACGCCAAUAUGGAACGGGAGGUGAAGAACUUCGACCAGGAGGUCUGGUACGAACACGCCUUCCGGACUGUCGUUCUCGCGAACUUGUGCAAGUUCACGCAGAACGAGAGACUCAGAGAGAUCUUGAUGGGCACCGGGGACAACGUUCUCAUCGAGAUUAACCCGCAGGACAAGAUCUGGGAGAUCGGCUUCUCGAGGUACGACGAGUGGCUCAAUCCCAACAGAUACGCGGCCAAGAAGACCGGCAUGGCCAUGAUGUACGCCAGAGACCUGAUCCGGGAGCGACUGGAGCGAGGAGAUGAGGAGCCGUUCGUCGCGUCGUCGGAGUUGCCCGAGAUGGACAUCGAGGCGAUCCUCAAGGACUAUCGGGCGAGAGUGCAGAAACUGCGACUCUACAAAAAGGGUCGCAUCGUUAAUCAUCAUGCCUGGAAAAAACUAAGAUGA